GCAGUGACAGGUCGGCUGGGUAGGAGGAGAGAGUGACACUCUCCAAAAAAUAAAGCGAACACAUCCAGGCAUGUGAGGCAGCAGUUUGGUGCGGUUCGGCUGGAGUAUGUCAACCCAACAACCAUCACCCGCUGUAGACGACCACCAGUGAAGAUGCCUCUGAUACCAGUUGUGCCAGAGAACCACAGCCAUGUACUGGCAGAGCUCGACUGCCUCGAUCCACUUCUUUCUGCUCUCCGUUUAGACUCCGGCAGGCUCAAGUGUACGUGUUUGGCAGUGUCAAGGAAGUGGCUCGCAUUGGGAACUUCAGCUGGAGGGUUGCACCUCAUUCAGAGGGAGGGCUGGAAACAAAGGCUUAUUCUCACUCAUAAGGAGGGAGCUAUCACUCAGGUGUCGUGUUGCCCUCAGGAUGAAGACUUCAUCGCUGUUUCAACAAGUCAGGGUCUGGUGGUGGUGUGGGAGCUACAGCUGGAGCGGCGGGGUCGUCCAGAGAGAGUCAGUGUGUCUUGGGAGCACAGGGGUCACGCCAUCACUGCACUCUGCUGGGACAGCGGCGCGCUCAGAGUUUUUGUUGGGGACUCAGGAGGCAAGGUGUCGUGUCUCCGUGCAGGAUCCUCCAAGCUGGGAAAGGGGACAGCAUUCGUCAUUUUUCCUGUUCAGACCAUCACCAACGUGGACUCCAGAGUGGUUCAGCUCGGGUACCAGGAUAGUCGACUGCUGGUGUCUUCUCUGAGUCGCUGCUACCUCUGUGACACAGAUAGGGAGAAGUUCUGGCGUGUUGGAAAUAAGGAACGUGAUGGGGAGUAUGGAGCUUGCUUUUUCCCCCAGAACAAGGGAUUAUUAGUUGGUCAGCCCCCACUGCUGUACUGUGCCAGGCCGGGGUCUCGAAUGUGGGAGGCCAGUUUUAAUGGCGAGGUUCUGAGCACCCAUCAGUUCAAACAGCAGCUAGCAUGUCCUCCUUUACCGCUCAUUACUUACAGAAACGAGCCACAUUACCAUUCAGGGCAGAAGAGCCCCCAGUCAGUUGCCUUCCCUAAACUGCUUUAUAUGGGAGACCAAAACCUGCUGACCUGGACAGACUCAGCCAUUUAUAUCUUCACACCUCAUAAUGGCCAAGUUCUGCUGUGGACAGAAGUCAAAGAUUUGGUUGACAUUGCAGUCUACCGCAGUGAGCUCUUCUGUCUCCAUGGCAGCGGGCAUCUGUCCCACCUGUCACUGCUGUCUGCAGAGCGUUGUGUUGAGCGUCUGCUGCGUAGGGAGUCGUGGCCUCUGGCUGCUGCCGUCUGCUGUAUGUUCCAGCAUGCUAUCACCACCGGACGGGCCAGGAAAUCAAUCCCCAUCGAUCGCCUUGAACACCUGAGGUCUCAGCUCAGUUCCAGCACACACAUGGAUAUGAUUGGCCAACUGGAGGAAGUAAUCAGCAAGCUAGAGCCUCUGGACUCAGCCUGCAGCAGCCGCAGAAGUAGCAUCUCCUCACAUGAGAGCUUCAAUGUACUGGACUGUGGAAUCUAUCGUGUGAUCAGCCGCAGGGGAAGCCAAUCAGAUGAAGAGACGUGCUCCCUCAUCAAUCAGUCCAUGUCAGAGGAGGAGCGGCUCAAGGAGUUCAGUUUUGUGCAGGAGGAGGAUCAGGUGGAUAAUGAUCCACAGAGCAGUGAGCGUUUGGAGGCUGAGCGAUCUGAGCAAGGCCUGCCGUUCCACCUCCCCCUCUCAUUCCGCCCCAAACCCCCCCGCAUCGCACUGCAGGCCGUCAAAGACAGUGUUUCCAGUUUUGUUAAGAAGACAACAGAGAAGAUCAACACCCUCCAGAUGAACUCUGAGCUUUGGCAACGGCCUGACUUCAGAGAAGGGGGACAAGCCGAAAUGUCGGCCACUUCUGCUUCAUUCACAGAGGAAACAGAAAAUGAGGUUUAUGUUGAAAUGCCUAACACAGAGGCCGACAUGCUGGAGCUCCGAUCAGCAACAGAACGAGCUUUCUCCCAGAUCCAAGAUCCUUUGGUGCUACUGGAUCCAGCCUGCCUGGGAGAAACUCUGCUGGAGUGGCUGCCGGUGCUGGAGCGAGUUCUCGGACCUGCAGAGCCCGGGUCAGCUGCUGUGAGGAAUUCAAACACUGAUGUACCAGGAGAGCAGAGAUGGGAGAGGGAUUAUAUGACCACCUUCUCAGAGCAGCCAGAGGAGUCUUCUUGCUCAUCAAGAGAACACAUGGAGAGCGCCACGGAGGAAAAUACAGAAAAGCCUCCAGAGCUCAGAGAAGAAGAAGAGAGCCAGUGUGAGAGUCAGCUGACUGUAGAUUGUGACGAGAAAGAGCCUGUAGCCCCAAACGGGAGUUCUCCAGAGCCUGUGCAAGUGGUGUCCCCCAAACCUGUACCAUCAGAUCUCCUGGCUUAUCUCACGCAGCUGGCCACACUAUAUGCAGAACUGAGCUGCUUCAGAAACCAGGCAGAUGAGCGAGCAUUGGACUGCACCACCUUCCUACGCCGCUACUUCUUCCUGCUGGACCCGGAGCGUAUAAGAAGGAUGUGUCUGCUCUGCUACCAGGAGCAGCCAGCGGUGAAGAGCUCCUUCAUUGAUGCCAUGCUAGAUGUCACUCAGUCCAGUAAGGUGGUGGAAGUUAUUCAGAGAGGGGAUUUACUGAGAUCACUGCGCAGUCUGAGAGAGCUGCAGCCCUGGAGCGCCCCUCCUCUCCUCGCUCACUUACACAGGCUGUAUGAGAAGCACGGAGAAGCAGCCGUACGCUCGUUUUGCCAGUUCUAUCCUACAAUAACCCCUGCCGACGUUAUGGCUAUGGCUCAACAAAGCCACUUCCUGGCAUACCUGGAUAAUCUGGUCCAGUCCCGAACUGAGGGGCACAGGUUGGCGUUUCUGCAAUCCCUUCUUGAACCAGAAUCACUGCGACAGGAUUGGCUUGAGCUCGCACUUACCCAUGAUGCUCCUCAGUGUAGUGAUACCCUGACCCCCGACGGGCUGCCCAGGUGGCACUCUCAUUGUUUCAGCUGGGGUUAUGGACGCCUCCUGUCUCUACUGAUACGUCUUCCUGCAGAUCUGUCCUCCAAGCAGAAGAUGACAGAAAUGUGCCGUAGUCAUGGGUACUGGAUGGGUUAUCUGUAUCUUUGCCGUGAGCUGCAGCGCCGCACAGAAGCCUUCUCCACAAUCUGUCAGCUGGAUGACAUCACCCUGCUGGAGGAGGCUGAAGGUGUUGAGCCGCAGACGUUGGACGAGUGGAAGCUCCUGAUCCAGUUGUCUCAGCGGUGCAGCAGCGUCUCAGAGCAGGCCGCAGGUGUGAAUGGUAGCAGCCUGUCCAACGGCUCCGCAGACUGCAGCGGGAAGGUGAGCCCAGAGAACCUGACCCUGCUGCUGGCUCGGAUGACGGGACCGGACCGUGCCAUGGCCAUGUUGGAGGAGUGUGGAGUGCAGCUGGUCCUUUCACCCCACUCCAAACUGGUCUUUGAGCUGCUGCGAGUCACAGAGAAGAGACAGCGGGCAACAAUUCAGACGAUGCUCGAGCGCUGCGAUCGGUUCCUGUGGUCUCAGCACGCCUAAAUGCAGCUCAGCGUCGUGUGGACAGAAGCUCCUCUCAGCCAAACAAUAUAACUAACACUUGAUGUAAGUCUCUUACUGAUGUUGAAGCUGCAUCUUAAUUUAUACACUGUAAUUUAAACUGUCAAAACUUGCCAGUUGAGAUGAAGGUACUUAUCUUUCCAUUUAAAACAGUAUUAUCUAUUUAACCUCUAACUGCUAACUGUAUUUUUGCACAAAUAUUUUUCAGUAUUUUUUUCUUAAUUCCAUUUAUUUGCCAAUUUUAUCAGUUUAUAGAUGAAUGUAUAGGGGGUUGUUGCAUAACUGAUAUCUUCAUUAUUUGAGUUCAAUGCUUUUUUCGCAUGUACAAAUAAUCAAAUAUCUGAUGCCAAACUAAGUGGUUUAUUAUGCUGUUACAACAAAAUAAACUGUCAACUAUUACAGUCAAAUGUUCUAA